ACGUCAACAUAACCUAAAAAAAUUCAGUGCAAUCUCUCAAAACACAAAAAGUAAUGUAGUUAUUUUCGAUAUAAUCGCACAAAAUGAGCACGAAAGACGAUGGUAACGUAAACGGUGAUUGCACGGAAAAUAAAUCUGGUGAUAUCUUAAAAGAUCUUAGCGAUAGGGUGGGUGCUUUAUAUCAUUUUAGAGAUCAUUACUUUGAAACGCACGACCUAAAGGAGUCCGUCAAUAAAACGCACGAUGUCGAAGUAGAAUUAAAUAAAAUCGUUCCCGUCUUCGAUGAAUACAAAGACUGUUUAGAUAAUACAACGCGUGCUAAUUAUUAUUAUUUACUUGGUAAAGCGUUAAAUGUCGUGCCAAAAUACGAUAGGAAAGUGGAAGAAAAUUUAUCAAAAUGUCUCAAAUUAAAUCCGAAAUUGGUUAACGCUUGGAAUGAAUUGGGGGAGUGUUAUUGGAAAAACGAUAACUUAAAAGAGGCCACAAAUUGUUUUAAUAAAGCUCUAUCAUUAGGAAAAAAUAAAAUAGCUUUAAGAAAUUUAUCAAUGUUAGCACGUCAAAAUAGUUUUAACACCCAAGAAGAACGUAUAAAAAACAUUGAAAAGGGUCUAAAUUACGCUAAAGAAGCUGUACAAAUCGAUCCACAUGAUGGUACUUCAUGGGCUGUACUAGCAAAUGCCCAUUUAGCAUCAUUUUUUGGAAUUACACAGAAUCCGAAAACAUUAAAACAAUGUUUAAGUGCUUACAAUCAAGCUGAAAAAGACAUUGUAGCUAAAAGCAUGCCGGAUUUACAUUAUAAUAAAGCAAUAACUUUAAAAUAUGAAGAAGAAUUUAAAUUAGCUUUGGAAUCGUUUAACGAAUCUUCUUUGUACGAUCCUACGUGGGAUCCUCCAAAAAUAAAGCAAAAGCAAUUAGUGAAAUAUUUAAAAGAUGUUAAUGAGUUGACAAAAACAUCUGGUAAAAUGAAAUUAAAAAAACUUCAACAAUUACUUCAAUCAAUUAAUGAAUCAAAGCAAUUGGGCCCUUUUUCUGGAGGUAGCUACACAUCUACUGUCACCGGGGCGACUGUUAAAUUGAAUGAAGUGAAAUUAAACGAUCUCCAACCUGGUUUAAAUGAAGAAAAAGUCAUUUUGGGUAAAGUUGUAUGUUCGGUGCAUAACGAAGAUACUGUACCUUUUACCUUUUGUAUGGUGGAUAAUGUUGGAAGUUGUGUUGUUGUUACUGUUUAUAAUAUAGCAGAAGGAAAAGGGGUUAUAAUUGGAGAUUCUGUAGCAAUUCCUGAACCUUAUGUAACUGAUGUUGAUUUUGUAUUUGAAGAAAUGGUAAGGCUUUUUUUUUAUAAAAUAGUUAUUUAUAUAGGAUGCUAUAAUUUCGCAGCCUUCAAAUAUUAAUAAUUAUAAAAUUAU